AGAAAUACGGAAGGCAGCGGUUAGUGUGAAUCAGGGUAGCUAGUCUGUGCAUGUUCAAACUGCAGCGCAAGUUAGUCCAUGUAUGGAUGUGCGCACAGCGACUGCGGAGACAGGAAUCUGCACCUGAAAAGCGCUCGUCCACUAACUUCAGCGUUUUUAUAUUAAUCAUAGAGUGUACGAACUCUGAUAUGUACGACUGUCUGUAGCUUUUGCGACUGCAUGACAUUUUAAGGGGAAGCCCUAAACCCAGCGGCUGUCCUUGUUCCUCUCUAAUCACGCCCUGAUCGCCCAGCCUUCCGCUCGCUCACCUCCCGGCGAGAGCAGCGCUGCAGCGGCGUUUCUGACAGCGCUUACCGAAGUCCAUCAACUUCAAAGAGUUACCGAACCCCAGAGCUGUCAGCUUCAGAAAGAUGUGGAAGUCGGCAGUGGGACAUGGUGUCGACAUGAAGGUGUCCUCGGAAGGGGACGACUGGGAGACAGACCCCAACUUUGAGAAUGACGUGUCCGAACAGGAGCAGAGAUGGGGCGCCAAAACCAUCGAGGGGUCGGGCCGAAAAGAUCACAUCAGUGUUGCCGAGCUCCGGCAGAAGGUGGCCUCCGAACACGAGCAGGUGAAGAAGAAGGAGCUGGACGAGGGACCCAAGGCCUCCUUUGGGUACGGAGGGAAGUUCGGGGUGGAGAAGGACCGUAUGGACAAGGCGGCCGUGGGUCACACUUACGUGGCUGAAGUGGAGAAGCACUCCUCCCAGACAGAUGCGGCGCGUGGGUUUGGGGGCAAGUUCGGCGUGCAGAAGGAUCGCAUCGACAGGUCUGCGGUUGGUUUCGAAUACAAGGGAACAGUGGAGCAGCACGCCUCCCAGAAAGACUAUGCUAAAGGUUUCGGGGGCAAGUAUGGCGUGCAAAAGGAGAAGAUGGACAAAGCUGCCCUGGGUUAUGAUUACAAGGGGGAGUCGGAGAAACACCAGUCUCAGAAAGACUAUGCAAAGGGCUUCGGUGGGAAGUACGGAGUCGAGAAAGAGAAGGUGGACAAGGCUGCCGUGGGUUAUGACUACAGGGCAGAGACGGAGAAACACCAGUCUCAGAAAGACUACGCCAAGGGCUUUGGCGGCCGUUACGGGGUGGAGACCGAUCGCAUGGACAAGAACGCUGCUGCCUUCACUGAAAUGGAGGCCCCCACCUCGUCUUAUAAGAAGACCCAGCCGUCUGAGGCCUCAAGUGGGGGGGCAGGAAAUCUGAAGGCACGCUUCGAAAAUAUGGCGCGAGCAUCAGAUGAAGAAAACAAGAAACGGGCGGAGGAGGAGAGAGCCAGGAGACGGGAGCGGGAGGCGCGGGAGCGGGAGGCGCGGGAGCGGGAGGAGGCGCGUAAGGCACAGGAGCGGGAGGAGGCUCAGAAGAGACAGCAGGAGCAGGAAAGUGCAAAGCAGGAGAUGCAGGAGCCUCCCGCGGCUCCAGAGACCAGAGAGACCCCCCCACUGCCCAGGAGAUUGCCUGAACCUCCCAGAGAGGAGCCAGACCCAGUGGCAAAGAAAGAAAAGCCGGAGAAGGAGGAGGAGGUAGACUAUGACAUGCCCCCCGCCCUGCCACCUCGCCCUGCCGACCUGCUGGAGGAUGACUAUGCAGAACUCCAGGAGGAGCCGGAAGAAACCCCCCAGCCGGAGGAGGAAGAAACCUACGAGGACGUUUCUGUUCCUGUACAAGAUAACGACUACGAAGACCUGAGUUGUGGGCAGUCGGCUGUGGCUCUCUAUGACUAUCAAGGCGAUGGAGACGACGAGAUCUCCUUUGACCCCGAUGACAUCAUAACGAACAUCGAGAUGGUGGACGAGGCCUGGUGGAGGGGACACUGCCAUGGCCGCUUUGGCCUUUUUCCUGCCACCUUUGUGCAGCUGAUGCAGUGAGCGCCCAGGCACCUUCAUCGCGCUCCUCUUCCUUCCCCCUUCAGAGAUCGCGCCAGUAGGCCCCAUUUUCACAGACGCCAUGGUGUCUUCCCCAGACAGCUUUCCAUACUGUACCGGCACUCUGCCCGCAAUCAGUAACGUCUAACUCCACCCAUUGGUUGGUUCCCGUCGUGAGUCCCGCCCUCACAUGCCAGAUCCCACCCUGGGAUUGGCUGAGUUAUGACAGCACUUUGAAGAUGACUGUAAUACUCCUUGCUUAUUAGCCUUGUCCCCGUUUUUGUGAUUCAGAAAGAUUAGCUUUAUUGUACACUCACUGUGUAACUAACUAUGCAACUAACUUUACUGAUAAAAGAAAGAGAAUAAAAUGUAUACAUUUAUGUUAAACUUAUAAUGUGCCUCAGUAAUAUUAUGCAAUUUGGGGGAAAACGUGCAAACCAAUAUUAAAUUCCUCUUAGAUUUUUUUAAAA